CACCAAACCCAUUCCCCCCUCUCUCUCUAACUCCUCACUCUACCCACCCCCUUCCCCACCAAAAAACCUUAGAAUUAGUUAUUUUGUUGGUUGCGGCUAAGUCCAAUCUGCUUUCAAAAAACUUUUUCUUUGGUUUUCACUAAAAACCGUCGAAUCUCUGUCCGGAUUCUGAAAAAAUGGCUGAUUUUAUCCAAGAAGAGGGCAUUUACUAUGAUGAUUAUCAAGCGGUAUGUACUCAUUUUACCCAAUUGUUGUUGUUAUAAUGAUUUAUUUAACUUAUAUACUAAUUAAUUUAUGUUGUUAUGCUAUCAUAGGUUGGGUCGGAUGUUGAUAUUUACAAUCAACGAUAUUAUGUUGAUCAAGGAUCGAUUGAUCCAGCUAUUUUAUACGAUCAAGACAAUCAUCGUUCACGAGACGUUUGGAACGACACAAGGUACAUAUUAUUUAUCAUCACUUGUAAUUUGUAUUUUGUUAAAGUAAUUUAUUUUUUUGUACAACAAUUUACUUAAUUUUUAAUCGUAUUGAUUAUUUUCAAUAAUUUAAAUCAAUACAAUACAACACUUAUUUAGACUCUUUAUAAAGAAAUGCAUGUCUAAGGAAAUGGGGACUUAAGCGAUCAUCAUGAUCCCCCCAUGACCUGGGAAAAUCGGGUUCUAAGCGAUCCUCGGAACCCCCCUUUUUCUGUCAAAAAGAUUGUAUUUCUAAGGAGAUGUAUACCUCUCCUAAGAGUCUUACGAGUGUACUUGUAUUGCUUUAAAUUAUUGAAAAUAAUCAAUACGAUUAACAAAAUAAUAUAUUUGAUUUAAUUAAUACAUUUAGUUAUGUUAAAAUGAAUGUUUAUUAGAUAAUGUAUAUUUCUCUAAAACAACCUUGAUUUAAUUAAUAUUGCAUCUUAUAAAAUAUUUUAGUUAUGUUAAAACUAAUGUUUAUUAGAUAAUGUAUAUUUCUCUAAAACAACCUUGAUUUAAUUAAUAUUGCAUCUUAUGAUAUAUUUAUAUAUGUAUAAAUCAUCAACUUAUAGUGAAAGUUAAAUUCUUCUCUAGGAUGUAUACCAUAUAGACCGCUAUAGGGGUACGACGAACGUGCUUGAAUGGAACGACGUCAUCUUGCCCUUUCUAAAAAGGGCAAGAUUGGAUUCGAUUAGGCAUUUUAAUGGAAUCAAGAUUGACCGCCAACUCAUCACAACAUUGGUAGAGAGAUGGCGAAAGGAGACACAUUGCUUCAAUUUUCGUGAAGGCGAGUGCACCAUCACACUUAAGGACAUUGCCAUCCUAACCGAUUUGCCCAUCGAUGGUGAUGUUAUUUGUGUGGACUCUAUGCCACCACCUAAAGUUGUUGCCAAUAUGAGUGGUUGGCAGCAUUUUAUAUGGACGGUCACCGGGUUGUGUCUGCCAGAAAAGGGAGAUCACGAUGCGGAUGGUCAUCCACCAUUGUUCAAGGGCCAAGUAACCAUCACGUGGUUGACAGCGCAGAUCAAGCUUAAGCACAACCCUGAGUUCGGAGGCAUUCCCCUCACGGAGGAAAGUUCGGAGCGUGAUAAAGACAUUUAUGCACGUAUCUACAUCCUCGGCAUGAUCGGAGGAGUUUUCUUCCCCAAGAAAUCCAACAACUUAAUCAGCAAUUCAUGGUUGAAGAUCAUACUUGGGAGUUGGGAUGAUAUGGGAAACUGAGUUGGGCAUCUGCUUGCCUAGCUCAUCUCUACCGAUCCCUCUGUAAUGCUAGUGUGAGAGCGGUGAAGGAGAUUGAUGGGGCCAUGUUCAUCGUCCAAUUUUGGGCUUGGGAGCAUUUGCCAUGGAUUGCGCCGAAGGUAGACCCUGACAGGGAAUGGGGACCCGACCAUCCCCUAUGACAUAAAGCUUAUGGUUGUAGGUAAAUAUUUUCUAUCCCACUCAUAGAUCUCACAUUUUUUUUACUAAUUGGGUAUUUUAUAACGAACCAACUAUUAUGUAUUAACAUGAUGUACUUUUUGGAUUGAAUAGGUGGCUUGGUGAAAAAACAUGCGACAACCUAGGAGCGCAUAAGUUGGAGGAGUAUCGUAGGAGGCUUGAUCGCCUUUGGGAAGCAGAGGUGAGCAUCAUAAUACACUAUUACUUCCUACUUUUUUUCAACUUAUAUUAUUAUGUUUCUUAAUGGUCUAUUUUUUCUGCACCUUCGUAGCUUAAUUUUGAUCCGUAUCCAGAACUCAUUGUCGCGCAUCACGUCCACAAGUUCUCGUUGCAUCCCGGUCAAUGGUGCACCCGAGUUCCACUAAUAUGCCACCAUAUAGUGGAGUGGCACUUGCCGGAUCGAUAUCUACGACAAUUCGGACGUGAGCAAUGCCUACCAUUGGAUAUCCCAGAGAGCCAGAGGGGGUACCACGGGAAAGAUGGUCGACUAGGAGCUACUAAUUGGCCAGAGGAGCAUGGAGAAUUGAUUGCUCUGUGGAACGUUAGGCAAGAUCAGGAUGUUGUGACAGGAUCUCAUGUGGGGCGGAUGGGCUACCAUGACCAAUACAUGAAAACAUACUGAAGACAAUCUGUUCGUUACAUGACCCCCGAAGGUGCGGCGGACGAAGCUUUGGUAAGUAAUUCAGUUUUUAUUUAUUUAGGCAUGCGGUGCAUUACUUUUUAAAUGGCUCACGUUGUUAUUUUCUUCGAUUUAGGUUGAUGGCAUCGAGCGUAUACACGACCUCGCUCGUAUUGCAGAUCAUUCGGAUGCGGGUCGAGAGGUGGGGCUCAUUCGAAGGAUAGCGAACAGUCUGCUUGGCUGUAUGAGAGCGCGCGAACAGUCUCCUUGGCGAUCAGUAGAGUACCCUUAUACUUGCCGGUAAGGAAUGUUCCAUCCACUUGAAUCACAGGAACACAGUAUGGAAAACCAUCAAUACAUGGCUUGAAUGCCCAGAAAAGAUGCUUUAAAUGGCGCUUGUUACCAGGCACCGGCGGUUGAAUUUCUUCAUCUUGGUACCGAGGCGAGAAAAUGGUGCCAGGGCUAGACACCUACAACGCCAAAAUCAAUUUGGGAAGGAAUGCAUAUGAUUCUUCUCAUUCACCAAAAACUGCGGCCAUUGCUUUCUGUUUCCCAUGCCACGCUUUCUUGUAGUUAAUGAUAUAACCAUAACGACUAGAAAUGUCGGCGAUGAUGGUUUUCACCUUCAGGUCGGGCUGCUCCUCAAUUAGAUGUUUGAUAGCCGCGUCAACCACCCUUGAUUUCAACUGUCGAUGGCCUUGGAUUGUUAUUGAUGACACACGUGUGUGUGUGUGUGUGUGUGUACACCGCACGAGAUAUGACCCAAUUGCCGACUCUCUUGCUCUUGAUGGCCCCGACCCUAGCUUUGCAUCCCUCAUUUUCAUUUUUGCAUCGAACCAUCAGCCUCUUUGUGUCGGAAUGGGUUGUUUGCCAUUCAAAACUCCGAGUCAUUGCUUCAGUGGCAAUAGCAUGUCGGACCUCAUUCUUCGUUGCAAAUUGUUGGCCCUUCGUAAAGCCAGUGAGUGGACCCCAUACUGGCACCUCUGGCGGGUCCAUGUCGGCAUCAACAUACCAAUUUUCAUUUUGAAUGUGAUUGUAAUAUGGGAUAGGUACACAGUCACGAGGUACCUCAUCACUGUCUGCGUCUGAAUAUGGACCGGAAUCAUCAGCACCUUCCACAGGAUCGAAGUUGUCUGCACUAACUUUGCCUUCCUCUUCUUCAACCUCAGGGUCACUAACUGGACUUGGAUUGACCUCUUAUUCCAUCUUAUUAUCAUCAUGAAAGGCACCUUCACCAGCUCCGUAAUGGUAGUUGUGGUAACUAACACCGCUUUGGUAGAAGUUGUACUCGGGUGGGUACUGGUAGCCUGCUUGUUGGUUGUGAUCCGCCUGUUGAGCUUCUUCUUCAUAUGAAGGGAAGGAUUGAUGAUGACCUCCACUUCCAUCAUGAAACUACUGCCUCCAGCUCGAGUCUUGGAAAUCCUGGUGGGGAUGAUCUUCGUAUAAUACACUCCCACCGUGGAUACCAGAUGUUUGGCCAUCUCCAGAAUGACCUACACCGCCUUCGGCGGCCUCGGUGUAAACGAACAUCUCCGCUUGCUUAAUUUUAUUGGUGGUCAAAAAUUGGACCAUGGCAUCAACGUCCUCCUGAGUGGUAAGGUGCAAUUACUCAUUCCACAGCGACCCGUCAUGUCUGUUUGGAUAUCGAUACGCCAUUUGAUCAUCUUCUAAUGACAUCCAUGCAGGUAAUCUGAGUGCACAUUUGAUGGAGCUCUUCAAGCAUCGAUCUCGUACGGACCUUCAUUUUAUAAAAAUUGCCACCGACGUAACUUACACCCUUUUCGGUCUCUUCCGUGUAACCAUUCCACCGCAACCCAAACGUGAACCUUUGGAAUGCCAUCUGCAUUAAAACUGUAAUUAAGUUACUAACACAAAAUCACAAAGGACAAUGAAAAGUAAAACAAAAGGGGACAUGACAAUGAAAAGUAAUUAAGUUA